UCAAAUUUUGUACACAAUACUAUAAGUGCACCACUGUCGGGAAGAGAUAUUCAAAAGCGUGGCCAAGAAAAAUACGGUUGGUCGCGAUGUCUGACACCAGAAAUGGAAGCGAUGGCUCUGUUCCAGCAACUUCGUCUGCCGCUACAGUAUCCAAUGAAAGUGGAACUCUGCAGCCAUGUCGCGAUUUACCCCAAUUGUCGGAUGUAAUGUUCGAGACCACGACCGGCAAUUCAACUCUUCCAAAGGUGUCCGACGCAGACAUCGGUUUCGAAUACCUGGACGAGAUGUUGAAGGAAGACUUGGAUGAUCGGCUUCGCUCCUUCCACAGACCAUCUGCUACGAAGGAGGAGAGGUUGUCCGACUUCUACAGGAUCCGGCGCCUAAAGAUGAUCAUGGCCAUGUGACGCUACGAAAGGGGAAUGACUCGAGUCUGCUAUCGCGUACGUGUUUAUUGACAAGGCCUCCGGCAAGCAACAACUGUUGUUGCUAUAUGAAAUGCGCGCUCUGCCCGAUCAACUCGGCCACGGAACUUCUUUUAUUAUAAUGAUUUUAAUGAGUCACGUGUUUCCAAAAAUCACGUUCUGCCUGUCUAGUGCCUGCGAAGUUUUCAAUAUUCCUUUAUAUUUGUUUCAGAAAGAACUGGCGGUAUUUUAUUAGUCAUUACAAUGAGGCGUUUGGUGCACACUGCACGUGGCUCAUUUGAAUUGUCGCAUGAUACAUGGGCCAGUGUACCUUACCAAAUUGUUUUUAAUAAAACCU